GAGCUAAAAUAGGACUCCUGGUCCCCCUCCCCCCUCCUGUUCCUCCUUCUCCUCCCUCUGGAAUCUCCUGCUGCGCCGCUUGACGCACGGCGCUCGGGAAUCACAACGCGCGCCCGCCGUGCAUAUGCGCCCUCAUACUGGGCUUCUGUGCGCUGGAACCCGGCAAGAGCGCACAUCCAUCCCCGCAACAGCCGACCACGGCUGGGAGGCUGUUUCCUUCAUAUCGCUGUGCGCGCGAUCCUCUCCACGAACACGGCCGUGAAGUGGAACCGCGACUGAAGGAUGAAGUUGGCGGUCCUCCUCCUCCUCCUGUCGGCGUGUCCACAGCUUUUCGCUGCCAUCACCGCUCCUAAAAAGUUUGUGUCCUUGGCGGAGAUGGAGGACGCUCUGCUCAGGAACCUUUUCCAAGGAUAUCAACGAUGGGUGAGGCCUAUUCAGCGUCCCAACGACACUAUCAGAGUUCGAUUUGGACUUAAGAUCUCCCAGCUGGUUGAUGUGGAUGAGAAGAACCAGCUCAUGACAACUAAUGUGUGGCUGCGUCAGGAGUGGAUUGAUUACAAGCUGCGGUGGAAUCCAGAUAAAUAUGGCGGGAUCACCUCUAUCAGAGUUCCUUCAGAAAAUAUCUGGCUCCCAGACAUAGUGUUGUAUGAAAACGCUGAUGGAAAGUUCGAGGGCUCUUUGAUGACCAAAGCUAUUGUGAAGUUUAACGGUGCCAUCACAUGGAUGCCACCUGCAAGUUACAAAUCAGCCUGCACCAUGGAUGUCACCUUCUUCCCAUUCGACCGGCAGAACUGCUCCAUGAAGUUUGGUUCCUGGACGUACGACGGAAAUAUGGUGGAUCUGGUUCUGAUGGAUAAUCAGGUGGACCGAAAAGACUUCUUCGAUAAUGGCGAGUGGGAGAUACUCAGCGCCACUGGUGCCAGAGGAAAUAGGAAGGAUGGCUUGUAUUUCUACCCCUUCAUCACCUAUUCCUUCAUCCUGAAAAGGUUGCCGUUGUUCUACACGCUCUUCCUCAUCAUCCCCUGUUUGGGUUUAUCUUUCCUGACUGUGCUGGUAUUUUACCUCCCCUCAGAUGAAGGAGAGAAGUUGUCACUCUCCACCUCUGUCCUUGUGUCUCUCACUGUGUUCCUCCUGGUCAUUGAAGAAAUAAUCCCCUCGUCCUCCAAAGUGAUCCCUCUGAUUGGGGAAUACCUGCUGUUCAUCAUGAUCUUUGUCACCCUUUCUAUCAUCGUCACUGUCUUUGUCAUUAAUGUGCACCACCGCUCCUCAGCCACAUACCACCCCAUGUCGCCGUGGGUGCGCAACCUCUUCCUUCAAAAACUGCCCAGAUUGCUGUGCAUGAGAGGACACGCCGACCGCUACCAUUACCCAGAGCUGGCCCCCGAAAGCCCCGAGGUGAAGUCUCGCUCUGGGGGCCGGAGAGGAAUCCAGCGGAUGAGCAGCGGAGGCCAACAGUCAACGUCUGACGGGAAAGAAGAGGAGGCCUACUCCACCAUGUUGGAGAAAGCCAUCUACUCAGUGCGCUACAUCAGCAGACACAUCCGGAAAGAACACUUCAUCCGGGAGGUGGUACAAGACUGGAAGUUUGUGGCCCAGGUGUUAGACAGGAUCUUCCUGUGGAUUUUCCUGUCUGUCUCCAUACUGGGCACCAUCCUCAUCUUCACUCCAGCUCUGCAGAUGUUCAUGAAGAUCCCUCCUCCAGCUCCGAGUGAGGAGCCACCCAUUAACCAUUAACAGUGACAGCAUCUAAUAGCACUCCUUCAAGGAUCGACAAAACAUGCUCGCACUGAGCAAGAACUGUGGUGAUUUUUUAAGAGGCCUUUUUGACCUUCUUUUUUAAUUCACUGAGUUCAGUGAUGUCUGUUCUGUCAGUAGUAAAGUUGUUGAACACAACGUGAUUUCCAGCUCUCUGGAAAUGUAAUUCUAGUUUGAAAAUAAGGAUCAAAAGUUCACUCGGUUUUAGUUUUUAUAUGGUGUCCAAUAAAGAUGUAUUUUUGGUGAAGGCUUAACAUUAUUAUUGAUGAUUUUCUUUAUUAUUUGAUUUUUUUCUAAUACAACAGCCAGUAAAAAAUAUUCAGUAUUUCCAUUGUCAUGGAUUUAACACUUAAGCAAAGGUUUUUUUUUUUUGACUGUUACACAACUUACAAAAAUAGUAAGUCAUGUCACCUUUAAUCAUCAUAACCACCCAUUGAGCAGCAAAACAACCUGAAGGUUUUUUACUUACACAUGAUGAGAAACACUUGUAGAUAAUAACUGCAUGUGAACUAUGGAGGCACUUAGUGACAGAACUAAUACUGCUGCAGUUUUCAAUAAGAUCAUGCUUUUUUUUUAUGUUCCACAUGGUCUAGUUAACUACCAUAUCCACAUAACUGUACUUUUAUCUAGGAUUUGAAAGUUUUAACAUUUUAUUAAAACAAUAAAGCUGUCUUGAAUAUAUCUGAA